GUGCGUCACGUGACGUACGCGGAAGUGUGGCCACGUCGUCAAUGGGAAGGAGAGGGGAGGAACCGGAGAAUCAGGAAGCGUUUCAGUGAGAGCUCUGUGCAUUACUCCUUCAGAAAGACAACACAUAAUGGCCCAGUUCCAGGAAGUAUCAGAGCAGUCCAGUCAGCACCCGAAGCCUGCGGGGUUGGUUUUGCAGUAUGGCACCGCUGGCUUCAGGACCAAUGCCAAGCAGCUGGACCACAUCAUGUUCAGGAUGGGACUGUUGGCCACGCUCCGCUCCAAGAAGACCAAAGCCACCAUCGGAGUCAUGGUCACCGCAUCACACAACCCAGAGGAGGACAACGGGUUGAAGCUGAUUGACCCCAUGGGAGAGAUGGUGACACCAGCAUGGGAGGGCUACGCCACCCAGCUGGCCAACGCAGAGCAGGACGAUCUACUCACCGCCCUGCAAGACAUUAUAGAAAAGGAGGCUAUAAACAUGAGCCAGGAGGCUAAUGUUUUUGUGGGCAAAGACACAAGGAGCAGUAGUGCCAGUCUUUCACAGGCAGUGCUGGACGGAGUUGCUGCUCUCGGUGGUCACUGCAAAGACUAUGGCUUGGUGACCACCCCACAGCUCCACUACAUGGUUUGCUGUCAGAACACACAGGGUAAAUAUGGAGAGGCCACCGUUGAAGGAUAUUACCGCAAACUGUGCCAGGCUUUCAUUCAGCUCACCAAGAAUGCGUCCAACUGUACAGAUGACCAGAAGCACCUCUCAGUGGAUGGCGCUAACGGCAUUGGGGCUCUCAAGGUGCGAGAGAUGGAGAGUCGCCUGAAGACGGAGCUGCAGAUUUCUCUCUUCAACGAUGGCAGCAAAGGAAAGCUCAACCACCAGUGUGGGGCCGACUUUGUCAAAGUGCAGCAAAAUCUUCCAACAGGUAUUACGAUUAACCCCGGGGAGCGCUGUUGUUCCUUUGACGGUGACGCCGACCGAAUAGUUUAUUACUACGCCGACGCUGAGGGACAGUUUCACCUGCUGGAUGGAGACAAGAUUGCUACUCUCAUCAGCACUUUUCUCAAAGAGCUGCUUACUCAGGCUGGUUUAGACUUGAAGAUAGCCGUGGUGCAAACUGCUUACGCUAACGGCAGCUCUACACACUAUCUGGAGGACACCAUGAAGCUAAUAGUGAGGUGUACUAAAACUGGAGUAAAGCACCUUCACCAUGCAGCCCUGGAGUUUGACAUCGGUGUGUACUUUGAGGCCAACGGUCAUGGGACUGUGUUGUUCAGUAAUGUGGCUGAACAGAAGAUCCAGCAGCUCACUAAGGACCCCAACACCAACGACGAGAGGAAGAGAGCCGCUCUCCUGCUGCAGAACACCAUCAACGUCAUUAACCAGACUGUAGGUGAUGCAAUUUCCGACAUGCUGCUGAUUGAAGCUAUUUUAGCCAUCAAGGGUAUGACGGUCCAGCAGUGGGAUGACAUCUACACUGACCUGCCAAACAGGCAGCUUAAAGUCAAGGUGUCGGACCGCAGAGUGGUAGACACGGCCGACGCAGAGAGACGGGCAGUGAGCCCAGCAGGGCUGCAGGAGGCCAUCGACAGUUUAGUGAAGAAGCACAAGAAGGCCCGCUCCUUUGUGAGACCUUCCGGCACUGAGGACGUGGUUAGAGUUUACGCUGAGUCAGAAACACAGGAGAGUGCUGAUGCCCUCGCACAUGAAGUCAGCCUUGCAGUCUAUCGACUCGCGGGGGGAGUGGGAGAUGAGCCCAAACCAUUGCACUAGAAAAACAAUUUCAUACUCACCAAUCAGCCAUAACAUUAACCAGUUAACCUGUUAUAAUGUUGUGGCUGAUCGGUGUAGUAAGGAUCCAUAGCUCAGUUCGCGGUUUUUGAACGGAUUCUCAGUUGAUAACAUCCUUUUAUAACGCUGUAAUUUGUGAAAAUAUAAUUUUUGGGGGGUGAGGUGCCAAAUUAUUUUGUACAACUAAUUGCACUUUGUACUUCACUUUACUUUUUAGUUUCUUUGUAUUUGUCUGUCAUUGUGAAAAUGGGGCACACUGGGGGAGACGAUGAAGGGAUUUCAUGCAACUUAAGGUGAUACUCUACUCUUUUUCAUGGUGACUCUAGCAGGCAGCCAUGAGCCUAAAUAUAGGUUUCUGUGUAAUAUAAAUAAUCUACUUCACUGUAUAUACGCCAUAAUUAAAACAUGAGUUGUCCUCACAAACAAAUAAUGGUUUUAGAGAGUCUCAGUUUACCUUUGGGUAACGUAGUUUCCUAUUAAUAUCAAAUCUUUUUGAACAGUUAGUAUAAGUAAUUUUCUUUUCAAAAAUCGGGAAGUUGGAUCAGUUGUACUUCCUUGAAUGUUGCUAGGUGCUGCUUUAGAUCAAUUAAACCUUGGAAAAACGGAAAAGAGA